GAGGAACCUUGACAUUCCCUGUUUGGUGUAGGGAGGCAAGGGAAAUGUUGACAUACACAAACGGUGCAUUUCUGGUCUUUCCUCCCGACUUCAGCGUCACAUUUUGUGACAUACGAUCAGCAGGCUACGAGCUGAAUGGCAGUUUCAGAGGAACUAAAGACGUCGGCAUGUUUCUAAAACUGACGACAAUCUCUUGAUUAACAUCAGCUCAGGGAAAGAGAAGAUAAAAUAUGUACCAUGCCCAAAGAGAAGGGAGCCAAAGGGACAAAGGUGACACUCAAGACUGCAAAAAAAGCAAUACGGAUGACCCCAGAUGGACGGCGCAGACUCACCCUUAGCAACAUGGGAAUAACCAUCUUCCCAAAGUGUCUCCUCAAACUGACCAACGUGGACGAGUUGGACCUCAGCCGCAAUCUGAUACAGAAACUCCCAGAUAACAUCGGGAACUUCUCGUCACUCAGAUGGCUGGAUCUACACAGCAACAAGCUGGAGGCUGUGCCCGAGUCCAUCGGUGAUCUGGUGGGACUGACGCACCUCAACCUCUCUAACAACCGCCUAACCUCUGCAGGUUUACCAUCCACACUAGGUUUUCUCUCCAGCCUGAAGAGUCUCAAUCUGGGCAUGAACCAGCUGGACACCCUGCCUCCUACAAUGGUGGCUCUAGACAGCCUCCAAGAGUUAGCCCUGUUUGAUAACCUCUUUAUCAACCUACCAGAGUUUGUGACAGUCCUACGAAACCUCACUAAGAUAAACGUGAAACGAAAUCCUCUAACAUAUGUUCAAGGGGACGAUCAGGGGAUGGUAAAGGAAAAAUCACAACCAGAGGAAGAUAUGUACCUUGUCCACAAGAGCAGUCUGUGUAGGACAUGCUUUAAGAGAUGUAAAGAGCGGAUGGAGAGGCCUAUAAGAGGAAGAGGAGGAGGAGGAGGAGGAGGAGGAGAAGGAGGUGACAUGAGUGAGGACAAAAGGAUGAGGACUUAUCCAGGUCUGAUGGUGCCAAACUCAGUGGCUAUGGUGAGUCAAGACGUGUGGAGAAUAAGAAAGUUGGAACACAAGUCAAUCAAAUGCUGAUGACAUCAUCUUUACCCCACAUUUUUAAGUCUGCGCUAAAAACUUUAAUAAUAUUUGCACAACAUCUUGCCAUGUCAUGCUAUUGUUUGAUGUAUUUUCCAUUUCAGUUGAAAUAAAAAAGAAUAAAAAGAAAUAAAAAAAGAGUG